AUGUCGUCCGUCAGUAUCAUCGCCUCAGUGUCAGAGGAUAAUUUCCAGUGUUUAAUCUGUCUGCAAGUCUACAGUGACCCGGUCACCACACCAUGUGGUCACAACUUCUGUAAGACCUGCCUCAGUGGGCACUGGGACAACAGCGAGUUAUGCCACUGCCCAACUUGUAAUAAAAGAUUCCAUGCGAGGCCCGAGGUCUCCACAAACACCGUCAUCGAGGAAAUUUCAGUCCAAAUAAAGAGGAGAAAAGUGGAGACACGGGAAAAUAUUGACGUGCCGAGGUGUGUGAAGUGUGAUGUGUGCACAGAAGAAAAGAUCGAGGCCCAGAAGUUGUGCCUGGUGUGUCUGACGUCGUACUGUGAAGCUCACCUGGAGCCUCACCAAAGAGUUCCCUCCCUGAUGAGACACAAACUGAUCGACCCGGUGGAAAACCUGGAGGCGAGGAUCUGCAAGAAGCAUGAGAAGAUACUGGAGCUGUUCUGCAGACACGAGCGGGUGUGCAUCUGUCAGCUGUGCAGCGAAACAGACCAUAAAGGCCACGAGACGGUGCCCGUGGAAGAAGAAGGGGCUCUAUGGAAAACAAAAGUGAGAUCCAGAAAAGCAAAGACAAAAACGAUGAUUGAGGAAAGACUGGCAAAGACAAAGGAAUUCAGAGUUUCUUCAGUAAUGAGCAGAGAGAAAGCGCACAUAGAAAUGGAUUGCAGUGACAAGCUCUUCAAUACGCUGAUGAGUCAAGUACAAGUGAUGCAAACUAAGCUAAAAUCGAACAUCGAGGAAAAGCUACGGAAAUCCCAGAAGAGAGACAAAGCCAUGAUUUGCGAGUUGCACCAGGAAAUGGCAGAACUGCAGAGAAAGCAGGAGGAGCUGGAGGAGCUUUCACAAAAUGCCGAUCCUCUUCAGUUUCUGCAGGCCCAGAGCAACACAUUGAUGACCAAAGACUGGACAAAUAUCAGGAUUUACCCCGACCUGUGUGUGCAGUCCAUCAGGAGAGCCAUGUCACAUCUCGUGGUCGCUUUUCAAGCAGAACUGAAAACUCUGACAAACACAGAACUGACCAGAAUGAGACAAUAUAAAGAGUCAGUCACCUUUGACCCAGCCACCGCUGGUAGCUGCCUUGUGGUGUCCGAAUUGGGGAAACGUCUGAAGUUCUUCAAAACGGCGACGACCACACACUCUGCGGACUCAGCGAGGUUCGACAGUCCCAUAGUUUUAGGGACGAAGGGUUUCACCUCUGGAAGACACUACUGGGAAGUCCGCGUGGGCCUUAGAAAUGACUGGUUUGUCGGUGUCGCCAAGGGAACUGUACCCAGAACAGGGAUGGUGGCUGUGACUUCAAGAAAUGGCUUCUUUGCCAUAGGAAAGAAGGGUUUUGACUAUCAAGUUAACUGCCCACUGUCCACUGUCCUCCACUUGUGUCCCAGGCCCAGAAAUGUCGGCAUUUACGUCGACUACGAGGAAGGACGAGUCUCCUUCUAUGACGUAGAUGAGAAGUUACACAUUUACUCUUUCAAACUAGAGUCCUUUGCGGAGAAAAUGUUCCCGUGCUUUUAUCUUUACAGCAGGACAACAAAAUCUCAGGCCUUGGUCAUAACUUCUGUGUAAGAUCACGCACCUUAUGCACUGUCUCUUAAAUCACUUUCCUGGAAGAAGCUAAAGUUUAACUGAACAGUAUCAAGUUGGCGUAAAACCAUCUAAAGCUUUCACAGCCUUCUCAUGCUGGCUUACGCUUUGAUUGGACAUUGAUUGAUUGGCCAA